CUCUCUUUUUUUACUGCAGUGAAAGCAAACCAAGAUUCUCCUGUCAGGUAUAUUUGACUGUCAGAAGUAAAACUGGCUGAAAUGGAUGAGCAGAGUGUUGAGAGUAUAGCGGAAGUCUUCCGCUGCUUCAUUUGCAUGGAAAAGCUGCGUGAUGCCCGUCUUUGCCCUCACUGUUCCAAACUGUGCUGUUUCAGCUGCAUCCGGCGCUGGCUGACUGAACAGAGAGCUCAGUGUCCCCACUGUCGAGCUCCGCUUCAGCUGAGGGAACUGGUCAACUGUCGCUGGGCAGAGGAAGUGACUCAACAACUGGACACACUGCAGCUCUGCAACCUCACAAAACAUGAGGAGAACGACAAAGACAAGUGUGAGAACCAUCAUGAGAAGUUGAGUGUGUUCUGCUGGACUUGUAAGAAGUGCAUCUGUCACCAGUGCGCUCUGUGGGGAGGCAUGCACGGAGGUCAUACGUUCAAACCCCUGGCCGAGAUCUACGAGCAGCAUGUGACAAAGGUGAACGAGGAGGUGGCCAAGCUGCGGCGCCGGCUAAUGGAGCUGAUUAGUCUGGUUCAAGAAGUGGAGAAGAAUGUUGAGGCAGUGCGAGGGGCAAAGGAUGAGAGGGUGAGGGAAAUCCGAAAUGCUGUGGAAAUGAUGAUAGCUCGGCUCGAUAAUCAGCUCAAGAACAAACUCAUCACUCUCAUGGGACAGAAGACCUCUCUGACACAGGAGACAGAACUGCUGGAGUCUCUGCUGCAGGAAGUGGAACAUCAGCUGCGUUUGUGCAGUAAGAGUGAGCUGAUCUCUAAGAGUCCAGAGAUCCUGCUCAUGUUCCAGCAGGUUCACAGGAAGCCAAUGCAGAGUUUUGUCACCACCCCUGUCCCACCAGACUUCACCAGUGAGCUGGUCCCUGCCUAUGACUCGAGCACUUUUGUUUUGGCAAACUUCAGUACUCUGCGGCAGAGAGCCGACCCCGUCUACAGCCCCCCACUCCAGAUAUCAGGCCUGUGCUGGAGGUUGAAGGUUUAUCCGGAUGGCAAUGGCGUUGUUCGAGGAAACUAUCUCUCUGUUUUUCUAGAGUUGUCAGCUGGACUCCCAGAGACGUCCAAGUAUGAAUACAGGGUGGAGAUGGUUCAUCAGGCCUCCAGUGACCCCACCAAAAACAUCAUUCGAGAAUUUGCAUCAGACUUUGAGGUGGGCGAAUGCUGGGGGUAUAACCGGUUCUUCAGGUUGGACCUUCUCGCCAGUGAGGGCUACUUGAAUAUGCAGACUGACACUCUUGUGCUCAGGUAUCAAGUGCGAUCACCUACGUUUUUUCAGAAGUGUAGAGAUCAGUAUUGGUACAUAACUCAGCUGGAGUCAGCCCAGUCCAGCUACAUUCAGCAGAUCAACAACCUAAAAGAGAGGUUAGCUAUAGAACUGUUCCGUCGGCAGAAGUCGAGGAGUUCCUCUCCACUUGAACGGCGGCUCUGCCCCACGACUUCCUCCGGAAGAGACUCUCGUCAGGGAAAGAGCUCCGUACUAGAGGAAGGGAGUCAGGCAGCCUCAGCAGAGACUAAAGAAGAUGAGGAUGAGGAGAAGACCCAGCAUGAUGACUCUAAUGAGUUGUCUGACGGGGAUCUGGAGGUGGACUGUCUAACUGGAGAUGAAGAUGUCAAUCCUCUGGACGGUAGUAGCACCUCUGGGAGCUCCACAGCCACCAGUAACACAGAGGAGAAUGAUAUUGACGAAGAGACCAUGUCUGGUGAGAAUGAUGUGGAGUACAGUGGGAAUCUAGACCUGGAGGAAGGUGAAUUACCCGAUGAUGUUGCAGGAGCGACAGGAGGUUCUGGUGCAGGUGCCCGGGGUUCAAGGAGAGGGGCAGGUGCAAGCUCAGCCAGCCUCCUGGAGAUCGACCCGGUCAUCCUCAUCCAACUACUGGACCUGAAGGACCGCAGCCAUAUGGAGUCAUUGUGGGGGAUGCAGCCCCGUCCCCCUACAUCUCUACUCCAGAGCCAAGCCGCUGCAGUGCCUUCUCGUAAAGAGCGUGAGCGUCGGCCUCAGGCGGUGCGUCGGUCAGCCCCGGACUCGGGGGUCCUGAUCAGACUGAAGGCUCAGAUGGCAGAAGUUCGCAGUAAGAUGUCAGACGUAAAAGGACAGCUGGAGGCGCGCAGUGGACCCGGUAGAUUCCCCUCUCAUGGAGCCGCAAACCACGAGCAGGGCCCCUCCACUGACUCUGAGAUGGGACCCAGUCGCAAACCCAGCGAUCUGCUCUUCAAAGCGCCGGUCUCAUCACGACACUCUCGAAGUGGAGUGAAGAAGGCUGGUUCUCCUAAGCAGGAGAGCGUGGGAGCUCUGGGUGGACUGUCGCUGCGCAGGGCUGUGGAUGCUGGGGAGAAAGAGCUGAGAGGAGCUGGACGAGACUCCCCUACUGAACCUGCUCCUUGUCUCAGAGAGGGAGCCUCCUGUUUGGAUGGCUCGCUGAAAGCACACAGUGUGCAGAGUUCUCCUCCCUCGCUGGGAAGCAGCUCCUCUUCCUCUGAUAAGCCCUCUGGCUCCAAACACGAGGAACUUCUGUAUGGAGCUUCAGCUUCAGACCUGUUCAGCGUCACAGGCCUCAAUGGAGCAGCUGCUCCUGUCACCAAACAGCGCAGGACUCCAGCCAUCGGGUCUGGCCUGCUGACAGACAGCUCUCUUAACUGUGACCGAGAGGGUUCCGGCGAGAUCCAUCAGAUCCUGUCACUGGCUGAAGCCUCCUCUUCCUCCUCACGCCCCGAUGAAGGUCUGGUCAGCCAGACGCAGCCCCACCAUGUGCUGCCGAGCAUGAGCAGUGACAGCGAGCUGGACUGUGACACAGAGAAUGAGAACGAGGAUGAAGUGGUGGCUCUGGAGGCUGGAGACUGUGCGUUUGACAGCAGAUCUCUACCCUGCACAGGCGAGCAGCUGAUCCCUGAUGAUCUGAGCUUUGUGACUGGAGACACCACAGAGAGAUGAUCCGCCACUGGGUUACAAAAAUGUCUGCAAGUCACAUGAAUCCUGUGUCGUCAGCCACUGAAUGUGCUCUUUACAUGUCUGUGCACUUACUUUAUUUUCAGAACAGGACUAUAUGUUUCUGUGUGCUACUGUAUGUUAUUUCAGAGAAACUACUUUUGGGAUGGUAAGGAUCAAGUUUUAGGUUUUUUUGCCUUGCAUUUUGAAAUGCAUAACAUUCCGUUAUAAAACUAGGUGUAUAUAUUUUGUUUGUGUGCAUAACUAUUCAUAUUACAGUUCUACACAUUUUCUUUAUUUUUGCAAUGUUGUUUAUUGUCAAAAUCAUAGGGAGUUGCCAAACACCUCAAUACCUUGAGUUUUCAAAUGCUUGGCACAUCGAGUCAAAGAAUGUCAGUACAGGUGCUGCUCUCUUACUUUUUAUCUGGCUUAUUCUUUGUGCAGUUAUAAUAAAUAUAUAUAUAUGUUUUUUUUGUUUGUUUGUUUGUUUAAUGUAGCUUGUGUAUGAAUAUAUUAAGCUGUCCAGAACACAGUUCAUAGAUUCCUAUACCUGAAACGUUUACACUGACUAAAUGUCUGCAAAAAGGGAACAUGGAGCCGUGCAAACAAGUUCAAACUAUUUCCACAAUUAUAAUUUUUUAUAUAGUUCAAAUAAGCAGUUAUUUAGCAUUGCACAGCACAAGCACUUUUGAACUUCUUAAUGCUACAUUCCCUUGUAUGUUUUUUUUUUCCUUAAGUUAUUUUUAGCAUGUUAACUCAAAUAAAAGGCAGUUACAUACUUAAACCAAAGUCUCAGACGGGUCCAAGUGUGUGUUUGCGUUGAGCUCAGACAGAAAGCAUUGAUGACGUGCUCUUACGGCAGCAGCAGCAGCUGGGUAAUCACUCCGUUCUGUUGUUAAUAGAUGUGAUGUCAUCAGCAGCAGCAGCUGGGGAGUGAUGCACAUAUAUUCAGUUAAAGUCACGGUCUUUCUCUUUGCAUGCACAGCUUUCGCUCUGCAGUCUGUUGAACUUGUGAAUGUUUUGUUGAAAAGUGUACAGCGAGUAAUGCAUUGCUUUUGCUGUUUAAUUAUUGGUUUAAGAAUUGCUUUAUGCAAAUACUUUUUUCUCCCACUUCCCCUCCAGCAUGUUCUGCAAUGAUGUGUUAAACAAUGAUAACAGUGUUCCUGUGACUAUUCAAUGUAAAGCUAAUUCAUUUUUUUUGUGCUGUUAUUAAUAAUGUUUCUCUUUUGAUGUUUAUGUUUCAUGUGAGGAGUAAGAGGGCAGUCUGCUCUCUGUGUACAUUUCUAGUUUACUGGUUUCUUCUCUAGCAUGUUUUUAAAGAUUUUCUGGGGGCCCAAAACAAACUGGAGUAUAUGCGCAGUAUGUACUGUAUAUUUGUCUAGAUUAAAAACUGAACAAAUAAAUGACGUGAUACUAUCAUUAUAA